CGAGUAGGAGUUUCUUUUAAGACAAAACUAAGAGACCUAAGCAAAUUAUCAACCCAAAAAUUUUAACUUUACAAAUCAUUAAAAAUGAAAACAAUUUUGUCGCUGUUGGCUCUUUUUGCCUUUUUUGCCUAUAUCAAUUGUGAUAGCUGUGUUCAGUGCAAUUCAAAGACUGAAGUACGUUGCGCCACCGAUCCUUUAAAUAUAUUGGCUAAGGAAUGCACCAAUUCCAGCUCUGUGUGUUACGUGCGUGUGCAGGAUGGCUACACCAUUCGAGGAUGUGCCAGCGAUUUGGACAAUGCCACAUUGAAUGCCUGCCACAAUGAAUUGGAGUGUGUCACAUGCAAUUUCCUGGAGGGCUGCAAUCGUCAGGUGUUCCCCACUUCCCGGGCCCAGUGUCUGCAGUGUUCGGGCAAUUCAACCGAUUCGUUUUGCGCCACUCAAGUGUAUGCCCAAUCCUCGAUCUGCCCCACCUACAAGAUCGGCGAUAAAUGCUAUAUCCGUAAUAGUAAUCGCACGGUCAGUGGCUCAUUCCAACGUGGUUGCUUGACAACCGCCCAGGCCAAUAAACAAUGCAUCAAGGAUGGCAAUUGUUAUACCUGCGAGGGGCGUGGCUGCAAUUUCCUGCCCUACAAUGAUACGUUAAUUCCAUUGGCCCGUGACAGCAGCUCCGUUUUUGUGGUUCAGAUCAGUUUGUUGAUUGUCAGCAUGUUGGCCGCCUGGAUGCUGUAAAUCCCCCCCCCCUUUCCCUUUCCCUACCCCUUUCACCUUAGCUAUGUAUAUUUAAUAUUAUACACAGCAAAAGAGCAAUUGAUGUACACUUUUUUUUAAAACUUUUUUC